AUGGCGCCGAAACCCAAUCCACCACCGAAAGAAGACACGUGGGCGUUCCAGCCCAUCGGUUCACCGUUCCCACCGAGUCCAGUGAAAUGUAUGGGAGAGCAGAAUAUGUAUGUGGCUCUGUGGUACAAACACGGAAAGCCGAUCCAUGGACGCUCGUGGAAUAACGGAGGAGUCGUCGAGUGUUCAUUCCCGUAUAAGGAGGCGGAGUUGACGACAAAGGCUCAAUUGGAAGGACAGAUUCAGGUGCUUCAAUAUGUUGGAGACCAUAACAAUCAAGGAUUCUGGUACGAGUGGAUCAAGUACAAGGACCGUAUCGAGAAGAUCGAUGACAAGCAUCAACUCUUCCGUUGUGGAGACUCUUUCCCAAUCUUCUGGAAGAGAAAGGAAGGAAAUCUUCUCGGAUAUGUUGACAACAAGACCGAGGAGGCUUGGUUCUCUUUCAACGGAAAAGUUAUCAAACAAGUUGGACCCCAAUUGAAUGAUAUGUACAUUAUCACUCGUAACUGUAUUGGAGGACCACCACACUGUGAAUGUGACAACUGUCCGAAGCCACCGCCACCACCACCAAUUCCACCACCAGGCCCACCACCACCACGUGUCAUGCACGACGAAUGGAUCGAUAUCCGUGAGGGAGAUCCGUUCCCGACUCGCAAGUUGGUUCAAGCGUUGGACAAGACUUUGGACACUUUGCCUGGAGUCAACCCAGAUCAAUAUGUCGCAUUGUGGUACAUGCAGGGAGAACCUGUCAUGGGUCGUGUCUGGAACGAGGGAGGAAAGGUCGCUGCCAACUUCUCUUGGUUCAACAAUGAAUACUGCAAGGGUGUUGGAUCCAUCCAACUUCUUGUUCGUCUCGGACCACAUGUCGUUGGAUACGAAUACGGAUGGAUUCCAUUCCCAGAAGCGGCCACUUUCGAGGAGGGCAAAACUUGGAAGCCAGUCCACGUCAACAACCACAAGGGAGAUAUCUCUGUGGGAGUUGUCAACUUGGCUGGUGGAAAGCAGAUCCUUGCCAAAGUUGACGUCCGUAACGAAUCGUAUGGAUACGGUUACCAAGGAAAGGAGAUCGCUGCCCGUGGACCUGCAUGUGCUUCAAGUGUUACUGUCCUUUGUCGUAAGGCUCUGCCUGGAUACAAACUUGACGGUUAG